UCUCUCUCUCUCUUUCUCUCUCUCUCUCUCUCUCUCCACUCCACCACCACCCUCACACACGCUCACACCCGGAGGCGGAUUGGGGGAUGGCGGCGGCGGCGGCGGGGGCGGCGGCGGCGCCGUCGAGGCUUAUGCUGCGCUUCCGGGACGGCGAGCUGCGCUUCGCGGCCACCGACGAUGCGCUGCGAGUCCCCUUGGGGUACGCGAUCGGGGCCCCCUUCAUCCGCAACGAGCGCAUCUUCCGCCUCCUCGACGAGUACGCGCGGACCCACGCGCGGGGCGGCGGCGCCGACGCCGUGGCCAACAUCGCCGCCUGGGACCGCGACUUCAUGGCGCGGGAGGUCACCGACACCGUCACGCUCUACGACCUCUUCGUGGGCGCGACGGCGCUGGGAAUCGACGGGCUGAGCGACCUGUGUGCACAGAUGACCGCGGACGCGGUGAAGGGGCGUCCCGUGGGGGAGGUCAAGGCGCUGCUCGGCAUCACCGACGUCGGCAUGACGCAGGAGGAGGAGCUCAAGCUCCAGCAAGACAACGAUGCCAUCCUCUACCUCCGUUAACUACCUGAUCAUCAUCAACAACGCUACUUUUGUCGCUGAAGCAUUUUGAUUCCAUCUCGCCUACUGUGGUGUACUUUGAGGUGGUAUUGGCUUCUCUACGUCUAGAUAGACAGCUUAGCUAGAUAGAUGCACACUUCAUCAACCUGGCUUCCUGGUAUGCUGCUGAACUUGUAGUAGUAAUUCUGAGAGAAGUUUGGAGGAAUUCUGAGAGAAGUUUUGUCUGGUGCGGUGGUGCCUGGGCCUUGCACCUUACUAGUAGCUAUUACUCGCUGCUUAAUUCAGUCAUAUUUGGUACUCCUGUGUACGGUACUAAUUGAGAAAAACUGGUUAUAUUAUCAAUAUAUCAUACUACCAUCGAAGAACACGAGUUUGUUGGUCA